CGUGACUUUCUGUGGUUACAUGACCAUAAAAAGUCUUCAGCAGCCCUUUAUUGUAAGGCUGCGAGAGAUACAGGGAACGUAGGGAAAUGGCUGACAGGGAAGAAAACCAAAGGCUUUUAAAUGAGUACGAUUAUGGAGACAGAAGACGCAUGUCUCCGUUUUGUGACCCGAAUCAUUUACUCCACCGAAUUGUCGUCCUUGUUUUUAUGUGUUUUUUGGGAUUCGGAAGCUACUUCUGUUAUGACAACCCGGCAGCUCUUCAGAAACAAGUCAUCCAGGAUAUGCAGUUAAACACCUCCAGAUUCAUGCAGCUUUAUGCCUGGUACUCAUGGCCCAAUGUAUUUCUCUGUUUUCUGGGAGGAUUUCUGUUGGAUAGGGUGUUUGGCAUCAGGAUGGGAACGGUCAUUUUUGCGCUCUUCGUGUGUGUUGGACAGGUCAUAUUUGCCCUUGGUGCUUUGGUCAACCAUUUCUGGUUGAUGGAAUUUGGACGCUUUGUUUUCGGUAUUGGAGGAGAGUCUUUGGCUGUGGCUCAGAACACAUAUGCAGUGAACUGGUUCAAGGGGAAAGAGCUUAACCUGGUAUUCGGCCUGCAGCUCAGCAUGGCGAGAGUGGGCAGUACAGUGAACAUGAACAUCAUGAGCUGGGUGUAUGAUAAAGUGACAGACAUGUUGGGCUACACGGGUCACUUCACUCUCGGAAUUGCACUCAUGAUCGCGGCCUCGACAUGUGUCUUAUCUCUGAUCUGUGCUCUGCUAUUGGCCUACUUUGACAAGAGGGCAGAGAGGAUACUCAACAAGGAGCAGGGAAAGACUGGUGAAGUGAUCAAACUGAAGGAUGUAAAAGACUUCCCUUUCCAACUGUGGAUGAUCUUCAUCAUCUGUGUGGGAUAUUACGUGGCCAUCUUCCCAUUUAUUGGCCUGGGACAGGUUUUCUUCAUUGAGAAGUUUAACUUCUCUCCGACCCAGGCGAGAUUAAUUAACAGCAUUGUGUAUAUUAUCUCAGCUCCAGCCUCCCCUGUGUUGGGGUUCAUGGUGGAUAAAACAGGCAAGAACAUCACAUGGGUUCUGUGCGCCGUGGUCGCCACGCUGAUUGCUCACAUGAUGUUGGCUUUCACCUUCUGGAACCCCUGGCUUGCUAUGGUCCUCUUGGGUGUGUCAUAUUCGCUGUUGGCCUGUGCUCUCUGGCCAAUGGUGGCCUUUGUAGUGCCAGAACACCAACUGGGGACAGCAUAUGGAUUUAUGCAGUCCAUACAGAACCUGGGUUUGGCACUUAUCUCCAUGGCAGCAGGAUCCAUUCUUGACAGCAAGGGUUACCUCUUCCUGGAGGUCUUCUUCUGUGCAUGCAUCUGCUUGUCUCUGAUGGCAGUGUUAAUGCUUUACUUUGCAGACUUUGUCCGAGGUGGAGACCUAAACCUUUCGGCCUCAGCCCGAGCCAAACUCCAGAAGGGUUCAUCUGCUGAGUCAGAGUGAUAGCUGUUCAGUCCACUGGCUCCACCCUUCCUGCUGUGAUCUGUCUCACUGGACACCUCAGCCUGGCAAUCACCCACCAAUGGGCAUUUCUGCACUACUUACUUCUCUUCAUCACACUGACCAAUCUAAUCUCAUCACAGGGGUAUAGGGGCUUCUCUAUAGCCUUUUCCCUGCAGAUAGAACUUGCUGUGUUACAUGUAGAAUUGUACAGAUGGGAUGAUCUCGUUUUGUCUGGUUGGGUCAUGCCAGAGAGGACACUCUCUUACCUCCACCUCAGGGCAACUGACACGCAGUUAUGCACAUUGAAAAUACCACUUAUUUUAUACUCUUGGUAUCAUUUAGGGUCCAUUCUUUCCACAGACCUUUGCACUGGUGAAUCUUCACCCACUGGAAAACUUAAUGGGAUGUAGUUCACAGGUUCACAGCCUUGUUGCGGCUCUUUUUAUAUGACCUCACUUGACAGAUGAGUUUUUAUUUCUGGUUUUAUUUUUUAGAGACUUUAUUAUUUGAACUGCAAUUUGUUUCAAUCUUAACAGCUUUUCAGAUUACUUUGAAAUGUAAAUAGUGACCUUACAGUUGCAUGUAGUGAAGCAAUCAGCAUGUGUAGUACCUACUCCACAGUAUAUUCUCUGCAUUAUAAUCUACAUGGUAUUCAUCAAGAAAAUUAAUUUGGUAUCAUAAUACCAAAUAAUGACAGUAAUUAUACAAGGUGAAUGUGUUCAUUCAAAAGCGUGUGAGCCUCAAAAGAUUUAUCAGUACUCUUUUGGAAUUUUUCAGACUUUUGGACAUUUGCCAUAGUGGUUUGUUUGGGGAUUUUCGUAUUCAAAUGAAGGAUCAUAGGAGCAAUUUAGGGAUGCUUUGUCCUCUUAAUUUAUAAACUGUAUACAUCUAUACAAAUUAUUAACUUUUUUUUUUUGCUCUGGUUAAAUCAAAUUACUAAUGUUAACAGCAGAUAUGCUUCAAAAUGAUUCCCAUAUCUGCGCAUUUCAAAAUAUAUUUAUGUUGAUUAACCUUAUAGGACUUUCUUAUGGGCCUGGCAGCAUGUUCCAGUUUUUAACAUGCUUUGGUCUUUCAGGAAGACGCUCAAAGUAAAGCGAAUAUAAGAGGGUUAUUUUAAUAGGUUGUUAUAAAUUGUUAUAAAUUUUUUUUUUUUUUUUAUAUAUAUAAAUAGGUACACAUUUUUGCUUAGCCGAAUCCACGUCAUACUUGGUGUUUUGUACAACCCAUUUCCUUCACACCUACUGCUUUUAUUAACUAGCUAGCACAAGGAAGUAAUGAAGAUAAAUCAGCCCUCAUGCUGGAUGUAAUGGUAAUCUUAAACAACUUCAUCCAUCUUAUUUGUGGUAGGUUUUACUUGUGAAGUCUGCUUGAUUACUAUCUAAGAAACUAGUGUGUUCCAGGGGAAAUAACAAGGAAAUCAAUGAGGGUGUGUGUUAAGAACAAUAAUGAAAUGCGGCCCCCCCCCUUAAAACAAUCCACGUAUCCAGGAUGUUCAGUCAUGUUUGCUUUGGAAUCUGGGAAAGAAUCUGAAUUUUUAAACAGUGCUUAUCGCCUACUGGUUUGCCUUUAUUAGGAAAAUUUAGUGCACUUCUAUACAAUUACAUAGCCUCUUAACCUUCCCAGUGAAUAGGAAUGCUUUGCCAUUGGGACAGAAAUCUUGGAUCAAAACUCUUUUUGGCUGCACACUAAUCGUUGCAAGUGAACUUGUUUUUGCCUCGUAGCAUAAUGAUGAAUUGCCAAAACCACUGACUGACUCUACUCUGCAAUCUCCGAGAGAGGAAUAAUAAUGGGUUGUUUUGAAACUUGUCAGUAGUCCCAUUGGGAUUGAGCUUUUAUCUUGCUGUUAAUUGUUUAAUAUGGAAACGAGUUACUGCAGUUGGGACUAUGUAAUCAGGUUGAUUAAAGACCUUUGUGAAAUGUUUGUAAGGGUGAAGGACUCCCCAUUGGCAAAGUUGAAACACUCUGAUAUGAUGGUGGAUGUUGAGUCAUGUUCAUGAUUCACACUGAAAAUCAUUGCCUCAGGAAGAGGGUUUUGGAUUAGAGCUUGCAGCUUUUUGUAUUCAAAAGUGGCCUCAAGGCUGAUCUAGAGAAAUUAAAUUAGACUUAUUUUUGUACUGCAUAAACUCUAUUGGAAGAACCAAUAAAUGAUAAAGUGAUUUCACA